GUGUACGACACCUAGCACAGCUGAUUUUUUAUCUCGAACUUUUUAAAAUUAAAUUAUCACAUUAAUACCACUCGUCAGUGUUUAAAAUGAGUUUCGAGGGAAAAGUUGUCAUAAUAACAGGCGCUUCUAGUGGUAUAGGAGCUCAAACAACGAAGGAUUUCGCUAAACUAUCAGCUAAAGUGGUUCUUGUUGGUAGAAAUGCUGAAAAUUUGAAGGCAAUAGCCGAAGAGUGUGGUUCAGCUGACAAUGUACUGUCCAUCCAGGCUGAUAUGAAUGAUGAAAAUGAUGUUAAAAAGAUUAUAGAUGAAACCAUCAAUAAAUUUAAUCAAAUUGAUGUUCUUGUUAACUCAGCUGGAGUUAUUGAAGUUGGAACGAUUGAAAAUACAUCAAUGGAACAGUAUGACAGAGUAAUGAACACUAAUAUGAGAUCUAUUUAUCACAUUUCAAUGCUCGCCGUUCCUCACUUGAUAAAAACCCAGGGUAAUAUUGUCAAUAUCUCAAGUGUCAAUGGAAUCAGAAGUUUCGCUGGAGUUUUGUCUUACAAUAUUUCAAAAGCAGCUGUUGAUCAAUUUACACGAUGUACAGCACUAGAAUUAGCACCAAAGAAUGUUCGAGUUAAUUCAGUUAACCCAGGCGUUAUCAUUACAAAUAUUCACAAACGCGGUGGCAUGAAUGACGAAGCAUAUGCUGCAUUUUUAGAGAGAUCUAAGACUACACAUCCUUUAGGCCGUCCUGGAACUGUAAAUGAAGUCUCAGAAGUCAUAACAUUUUUGGCAAGCGACAAAGCUAGUUUCAUCACUGGUGCUUCAAUUCCAAUCGAUGGAGGACGUCAUGCUACAUGUUUACGCUAAUUCUACACUCAUAACCAAUUGCAUUAUAUGGAAUUAAAUAAAAAAAAAUCUAUUUUAAUAACGGGUUUAUCUUAUCAUGAAAUUAAUCAAUUGGGUAAUCUAGUAUUAACCAC